AGUCUCCCUUCAGUCUGGCUAUAAAGGAUAGCCCAGGGUCUCCAUCUAGUCCAGACCCUGUUGCUUGACCUGAGGAUAACAUGGCUUCUACUACCAGCAUCCGCCAGUUUUCAACCUCCAGCUCUGUUAAGGGCCUUUGCGCUCCUGGCAUGGGGUUCUCCCGGAUGUCCUCUGUCCGUGUUGGGGGUGCCUGCCGGGCUCCCAGCCUCUUGGGAGGUGGAAGUUGUGGCAAUAUGUCGGUCACAUCCUCCCGAUUCUCCGCAGGCUUAGGAGGCGGCUAUGGUAGUGGCUACGCUUGCAGCCUGGGCGGGGGCUUUGGCUCCAGUUUCGGUGUGUCGGAUGCCCUCCUAGGGGGCAGUGAGAAGGAGACCAUGCAGAACCUCAAUGACCGGCUGGCCACCUACUUAGACAGGGUGCGUGCCCUGGAGGAGGCCAACACUGACCUGGAGGUGAAGAUCCGUGAGUGGUACAAGAAGCAGGGCCCUGGACCUGCUCGUGACUACAGCCCCUACUUCAAGACCAUAGAGGACCUGAGGAACAAGAUCCUGGCAGCCACAAUUGACAAUGCCAGCAUCGUGCUACAGAUUGACAAUGCUCGCCUGGCAGCCGAUGACUUCCGCACCAAGUACGAGACAGAGUUGAACCUGCGUAUGAGCGUGGAGGCUGACAUCAAUGGCCUGCGCCGGGUGCUGGAUGAGCUGACCCUGUCCAGAGCUGACCUGGAGAUGCAGAUUGAGAGCCUCAAGGAGGAGCUGGCCUACCUGAAAAAGAACCAUGAGGAGGAAAUGAAUGCCCUUCGUGGCCAGGUGGGCGGGGAUGUCAACGUGGAGAUGGACGCAGCCCCCGGAGUGGACCUGAGCCGUAUCCUGAAUGAGAUGCGAGACCAGUACGAGAAGAUGGCAGAGAAGAACCGCAAGGAUGCGGAAGAAUGGUUCUUCACUAAGACAGAGGAGCUGAACCGAGAAGUGGCCACCAACACGGAGGCCCUGCAGAGCAGCCGGACGGAGAUCACAGAGCUCCGUCGCUCUGUGCAGAACCUGGAGAUCGAGCUGCAGUCCCAGCUCAGCAUGAAAGCAUCCCUGGAGAACAGCCUGGCAGAGACAGAGGCGCGCUAUGGGGCACAGCUGGCGCAGCUUCAGGGCCUCAUUAGCAGCGUGGAACAGCAGCUGUGUGAGCUGCGGUGUGACAUGGAAAGGCAGAAUCAUGAGUACCAGGUGCUGCUGGAUGUAAAGACCAGGCUGGAGCAGGAGAUCGCCACUUACCGCCGCCUGCUGGAGGGAGAGGAUGCCCACCUGGCUACUCAGUACUCCUCAUCCCUGGCUUCGCAGCCCUCCCGAGAAGGCACGGUGACCAGCCGCCAGGUUCGCACCAUUGUGGAAGAAGUCCAGGAUGGCAAGGUGGUCUCUUCCAGAGAGCAGGUGCACCGUUCCACCCACUGAGGUCCUUUUCUGCAUACAAUAGCCCUGGCACAGGGGCUUACGCUGCUGGUCCCUGCAUCUACUGCCAUGCCUGAAUUCCCAUGAGCUAGCUGUUGCCUUCUGUGUUUGGUUUGUGCUGCCCCUUACAGAGAGGCCCCUUGGGUUGACCCCAGAAAUCGCUAAUAAAGCUUUGAAGAAGUCUGGUCCUU